CAAUUUCAUUGGCUGCCUCGCGUCGCAAAACGCACACGUAACGUCAACACUUUGAGAAAGAAAGAUUGAUCUCUCUCCUCUCUCUAGCUUUCGAACUUUCCUCUUCAUCUCCUAAAAAUCAGUGCCUUUCUUCGUCAUCUUCGUUUCUUUACUGCUACUUUUCCUUCUUCUACGGUUUUGUAAUCGUAAUGGAUUGGGGAAAUGUAACGGCAGAAGAUCUGAUCGAUGCGCUUCGAGAAGUUGACUGGUCAUCUCCACCUCGACCUCUUUCUGAGUUCUUUUCUAGAUUUACUCUCCCUAAAUCCUCCUCCAAAUGGAACAGCCGCCUCAAAUGUAAUCUCUACUAUUACAGGACGAAUUACUUCAUUAUGAUGGUUCUCAUUAUGGGACUGGGAUUCCUUAGGAGGCCACUUGCUAUUGUCGCUGCUCUUUUAACAGCACUUUCCAUUGCAUUUAUGAAUGAUAGCUUUGCAGGUACUUUUAGCGAGAAGGUUACGAGAACUGUGAGGCAAUUCUCUCCACAUUUAGCGGCAAAAAUGAGACCUCCUCUGACACCUGUUAUUCGUGGACGACCAUCAGCAAAAAGAGCAAUUUACAUAUGUGGUCGGCCUCGCUGGUUCUUUGUCAUGAUAUUUUCUUUUGUGAGUUUCACCCUUUGGUAUGUCUCCUGUGGUCUCUUGACUGUUCUAUGGGCACUUGCCAUUGGACUUCUCGCCACUAUCCUACAUGCAAGUUUCCGAACACCUAACCUGAAAGCUCGUCUGAACACAUUUCGUGAGGAGUUUCGUGCAGUUUGGCGCAAUUACAGUGAGCUGUAGCUUGAGCUUGUGGCCUGUGUUCAUAUCUUUGAAUCUGGGGCGUUUAUUUUCUUCGCAUGUGGAUUAUUUCUUCAUUUCGGGGCUUACAUAGCUCACUUUAUUCUGGGGUUUUAGCUGUUUCUGUUGCUACAAAGCAAUUUUCUCUGACUGGACUGGAAAUUCUCAGGCUAAGGCUGCUAAUGUUUACAUAUCUCCAAUAUGUCAUGUAAAUUGUCAGGACUUCUUUCUGUAAAGUGAACAAGUCCAUAUUAGAAGAAACCUAGAAAGAAAGGGAAAAAGGUUGGCAUUUAGAAUUCUUGGAUGAAGUCUUAAUGCCCAACUUGAUUUCAAGGGUUCUAUGCUGUUAUGAAAUGUGUCUGAAGUAUUUUCUAUCGAAAUGAGUUGUUAUCUA